ACCUGAACGGGCUGCAGUGGUUAGAGGGUUUCCAACACAGCUACUGGAAGGCCUUCAAAGGUAAUGCUGUGUGAUCCAUGCAGCCAGGAAGGGGUUGGCCCCUCAAAACUCUGAAAUCCUCUGGCCCGGCUUUCUUUUUCCUCUCCCUGUUGAUGGCACGAGGCCCAGUGGUGGUACGGCUUUGGGUUUCCCUCGGUCUCAAGGUCUCAGUCAGGGUGGCAGAAGUGGAAGAACAAGUCUUUUUCCAGACCCCUUGUUGGCUGGCAGCCUUUGCCAUAGCUAAUCUGGUUUGUUUUCAGGUCAGGGACAGUCGCUUUUAGGAGCAGAUUCGUUUGCUUUCAAAAUCCAUCUCCCCGUUCCUCUCAGAGUUCUUUGGCCCAAAGGACUUUGCCCUUCCUUUCGCAGCGGACACCUUGGCACCCUCUGCCAACAGUCCCGCAGAGGCCCGCGACGAGUGCCACUCCAUCGGUGUCGCGCCCUCAGGAGGGGUCUAGCAGAAAGCAGUGCCCCAGGCGUUCAUGCCACGGAGAAGCAGGAACCAGGGGCUGACAGCCGAGCAGCCCAGGUGCGUCGCCUUAGGGACGGAGCGGGCAAGGGCCGAGCCGGGGCUGCCACAUCGAGCCGGGAACGGUAUUUGCCCGAGUCGAGGCGGAAGCCGGAGCAUUUGCGGGACAGGACCGCGGGAACCCGGAAACGCCUGGGCUGCACCGAGCUGGCGGCGGCUACGGCUAAGCCAACGGGAGCCGGCGGCGCUGCGGGUCAGCGGUCGCGUUGGACCCAGCGGGCUCGGCAGUCUGGGGCCCCCGGCGGAGCUGAACCGCGGCCCCCGGUGGUGGGCUCAGCCGGCCGAGCUGCGCGGGAGGUGA